AUGCUCUUCUUACUGGGGCUUCCCACAAAUGGUGUAAUUUUUGGGGAGACACCCUGCUUUCUUUUUUUUCUUUCUUUCUUCUACCUUUAUACUACCUUCCGUUCUUCUUCCUUCCUGUCUUUCUUUCUUUCUUUCUUUCAUUCUUCUUUCUUUCUUAUUUUCUUUCGUUCUUUUACACUAAUUUCUGUUCUUCUUUCUUUCUCUUUUUCUUUCUCUCUGUUUUUCUUUCCUUCUUUCUUUUACCUAUAUACUAGCUUCGGUACUUUUUUCUUUCUUUUUCUCCCCCCCUUUCUCUUUUUUUCUCUCUCUCUCUAUCUUUCUUUUACCUAUAUACUAGCUACUGUACUUCUUUCUUUCUCUUUUUCUUUCACUCUCUCUGUCUUUCUUUCUUUUCCCUGUAUACUACCUUCUGUUCUUCUUUCUUUCUUUUUUCUUUCCCUCUUUCUCUUUAUUCUUUCUCUCUAUCUUUCUUUCUUUCCUCCUUUCUUACUUUUCCCUAUAUACCACCCUCUGUUCUUUCUUUCUUUCUUUUUCUUUCCCCUUUCUCUUUUUCUGUCUCUCUAUCUUUCUUUCCUUCCUCCUUUCUUUCUUUUCCCUUCAUACUACCUUCUGUUCUUCUUUCUUUCUUUCUUUCUUUUUCUUUCCUUCUUUCUCUUUUUUUCUCUCUCUAUCUUUCUUUCCUUCUUUCUUUCUUUUCCCUUUAUACUACCUUCUGUUCUUCUUUCUUUCUUUUUUUCUCUCUUUCUCUUUUUCUUUCUCUCUUUCUUUCUUUCUUCCUUUCUUUCUUUUCCCUAUAUACCACCCUCUAUUCUUUCUUUCUUUCGUUUCCAUUUUUCUUUUCUUUGUCUUUUAAUGUACUAUUAG